UUGUACAUUUUAUUAAAUAAAAUUCAAGUGAACAUAUAAUACAAUCAUAAUUGGAUAAUAACAAGAACAUUUUCAUAUUAUAAACAAACUUAUUAAACACUUCAGUGUAGUGUUUGUUAAAACUGAUUCAAAAAUCUCUAUAGCUUAAAAUCUGUAUAUAUUAUUAUUAAAAUCACAGGUACAAAAUUACGGAACAGAAGUAAAAAAUGGAUUAUUCUAAUGGAAAUGAAUUUGAAAUAUCUUACUUUAGAACGAUAUGGAGUGCUAUUGCAUCUAUUGGGUGGUAUUUAAUUGCAAUUGGAAUCUCAUUUUGGCUUGCAUCUCCUUAUAUUCGAGAGAAAUAUUUAAAUUGGAAACUAAGAAGGGACGAAUUGGAAUAUGCAGCAAAAUAUCGUAAAAAUCCAGAUCUCUUGCAAGCAAGAUUAUUAGGUUUGGAAGCUUCAAGACAAAGGAUGCAAGAGGAAUAUUAUCAGAAAUGUGCCAUGUUAACAGAAGAAAAAGGAAAAGAACAAAAAGAAAACAUAAAAGAAACAUCAAAAUUAACUUUGGACAACAAUAUCUUAGACUUUAGACUAAGAAAGAAAAAUAAUGAUUUACCUCCUUUUACAGAGAAGAAACAUAAGUCAUUAAGAGAAGAAUACAAUCCAUUAAUGGGCGAUGGUUCUAGAGGAUAUCGACCACCUAAACGCACGUGUUGCGGAAAGGGAGGUUGCGGAACUGCUGACUGUAUUCGAAGCUGAGGAAUUGUGCUGAGG